UGGGCGAAUCCUUGUCGACGUCACUCCCGCUUGAUAUAAAAAGCCCGAGCAGCACCUCUGAUCAGACUAAAGCAAAAGCGCCUUUUUGACUGCAGCGAAUUUCUAAAGCGAGGAUUACAGGAUUGCUAUCAGGAUUACAGGAUUUCUUUAUCAGCCAAAGACCCUCGGUACCCACACAAUGACUUUGAACAAGGGUGACAAAUUCCGUAACAUGGAUAAAAGGAGAGGAAGCGUUCCGUUCCCAAUGAACCUUCCCAAUCUGCACAGGAGAAGCAUGCCCGUGGACGAUCGAGAUCUGCGCGCCACGACGCCGCAGACGGGGCAAACCGACGAGCUUUCCAACCUUUUGCGCUGCACGUCCUACUCUCCGAGCGAUGAGCACCGAGGCAGCUGCGCCUCGGACUCGUCAGACUCGGUGAUCUCCACCGGGAGCGAGACAGACUCCCAGGUCUACAAGGUGGUCCUCCUCGGGGAGCACGGGGUCGGCAAGUCCAGCCUGGCUCGCGUCUUUGGAGGGCUUGAGGACGCCGGUCACGACUGCGAUGAAGCAGGAAAUACUUAUGACAGAUCUAUUUUUGUGGAUGAAGAGGAGGCUUCCAUUUUGCUCUAUGACAUCUGGGAGCAGGAUAAUAGCCAGUGGCUAAAGGAGCAGUGCAUGAGGAUGGGAGAUGCAUACAUCAUUGUGUACUCAGUGACGGACAAGUCGAGCUUUGAGAAGGCAUCGGAGCUCCGCAUCCAGCUGCGUCGAGCCCGGCAGUCGGAGAACAUUCCCAUAAUCCUUGUUGGCAACAAAAGUGACUUGGUCCGGUCCAGAGAGGUGUCAGUUGAUGAGGGAAGCGCCUGUGCCGUGGUGUUUGACUGCAAGUUCAUUGAGACGUCUGCAUCGCUUCACCACAACGUGCAUGCCUUGUUCGAGGGCAUCGUCAGACAGAUCCGUCUGAGGAAAGACAGCAAAGAGGAAAACGCAAGGCGCAUGGCCAACUGCAGGCGCAGAGAGAGCAUCAGCAAGAAGGCCAAACGCUUUCUGGGUCGCAUGGUCGCACGCAAAAACAAAAAGAUGGCCUUCAGGCAGAAGUCCAAGUCAUGCCAUGACCUUACGGUUCUCUGAGUAACACAUAGGACAGAGAGACUAGUUUAUGUUCUUUUUUUUCCUUUGGCCUCUGAAGACCUGAUCCUGUGUGUGUUUUAACACUGAUCCUAAAGGACUAAUAGAGCUGUACAGAAUAUAUUUUUGUUUUUUAAUGCACAAACCCAAAGCUAAGACAGGAUGUAAUUUGCAAAAAAAAAGACUGAUAUUGUAAAAUGACAUCACAAUAAUGACCACAUCUUCUAAAGCUUUGCAAACAUUUUACUUUACAGUCUGCCUUAAACAUUUUGCCAUCAUAUAAGGAUUCUUUUGUUUAAAAGAUUUGAUACCUUGUUUCUAAUCUGGUGCAAAGAUUGUCUUGCUGUUGGGUUGUUGUGCUCCACCGUUGAAGGGGAUUGAUGUAUAUACCACACGUAGGCAUAGUGCUGAAUGCAACAAACAUCUCAUCAUUAUUAAUGUCAUGUGGGGUUCUAAUAUAUACUUGAAGGAUGGUGCGCAGGUUCGUGCCUUGGUCAAGUUACUGAAGACUAAGCUUAGGUAAAACCUCUUUUAUUCUGUGUUGCUCCAUGACAUUGAAUUCAGGUUGUGAAUGUAUGAGUAAAGCAAUAAGUUAGUAAUGUGAGCCUUGACAUUGUUUGACUUUCUUUGUUUACAUUGAUUUUCUUUUUCAAUAAAAUUGAAAUAAAAAAAAAGAA